AGGAACAACGUCUGCUCCCAAAUUUUCUGCCAAAGCACCUUCUCGAGGAGCUCCACAGUCCGCCUGCUCAACCUAAGCAAAAUGGCAACGCCGGGGGCGAACUUCGAGGGGAAUCCUGCAGUGGCGCCGCAACCGCCUGGGACGGACAUGACGGGGAUAUGCUUCAGAGACCAGCUAUGGCUGAACACCUACCCUCUCGAUCGAAACUUGAUAUUCGAUUACUUCGCGUUGUCCCCUUUUUAUGAUUGGACUUGCAAUAACGAGAAGCUUCGAUUACAGUCCAUUCACCCCCUCGAUCUCUCCCAGCUCACGAAAAUGACGGGCAUAGAAUACAUGCUGAGUGAAGUGAUGGAACCCAAUCUCUUUGUUAUUCGUAAACAGAAAAGGGAUAGUCCUGAGAAAGUCACAGCAAUGCUGACUUAUUAUAUCUUGGAUGGAUCAAUAUACCAAGCACCGCAGCUUUGCAAUGUCUUUGCAGCUCGAAUUGGACGAGCUCUUUAUUAUAUAUCAAAGGCCUUUACUACCGCUGCUUCAAAGUUGGAAAAGAUUGGAUACGUUGAUGAAGGGGAGGGUGUGCCUUCUGAGUCAAAAGCUGGUAAAGACGUGAUUGACUUCAAGGAAGUUAAGCGAAUAGAUCAUAUCCUUGCCUCCUUACAGCGCAAGUUACCACCAGCCCCUCCACCACCACCAUUUCCAGAUGGCUAUGUUCUUCCAACAACAGAAGCAGAGAAAGGUGCUGAAACCCAGCAAGGAGUAGAGUCACAACCCUCUGUUGAUCCAAUCAUCGACCAAGGCCCUGCCAAGCGAAUGAAGUUUUGAAUUACAAAGCUUUUGUUUUUCUCAUUAGAAAGCAGAACUAUCCAUCCAAGGAACGGAAAUUUCUUUAGGAAAAUAGGCUGUUCAACUAAUUUCACACCUCCUCGUAACUAAUCUAAAAUUCUUACAUCUGAAAUGCUAAGUACAACGUAACGAUGUAGCAUGAGGAUACAUGUGUCGAUAUUCAAUCUUACUAUUUAUGCGUACAAUACGUUGUUAGCUA